CCCCGUCUUCUCGGGAACACUUGCCAGAUGAUAUAAUCCCAAUGCAAAGACUAUGUGCCGACUGUUUUAUAUGACAUUAUUAAUCAAUGCUGCCCCAUAACCACCUAAAAUGUGCCUACCGGUCUUAAUGGACCCUGCAAAAUUCUUGCAUCUGCUUACUGCUUCGCACAACCAACAACAUCAUUUCAAAGCCCUCAAUAAAGCACGCGGUGCGUCUGUCACUUCGGUCCGGUGGUAUCUCGGCUUUGGCCUGGUGUAUCUUGACCGUUAAUAGAACAUUUGGAACAACCUUAUCACACCAUUUCCCAUAAACGGGAAGAAGAGCAUCACAUUCUCCCGGUGAUACUACCUACUUGUCUGUCCCAGGUCGACACCGAGUGCAUAAGACAUCCUUAUCGAUGUAGAAUCAAAUUUACCUCUCACAAGGGUAAAGAGGUAAAUACAAAAGACUGCGUUCGGCUGGGCGUAAAGUUACCAAUCCACCCAGAAAGCUGUUUAGAGGUAGACUUCAUCACGGGCAGUUUGGUCGUGCCGUGUGGGCUAAAGCGCAACCUGUAUGGACUAGUUUAGGCGGUGCAAAAGCAUCAAUCGUUGGGGAGCCAUUAUUCUGACGGAUCUUCAUAAUUUCUGCGGCAC